AGCUGAACUUACAACCGAUACAAACACAGUCAAGCAUUGCGUUCUCUGCUCUGUGUAAAGUGAAUUGAUUGCAUUCAGUGCUUAGAGUUGACCAUAUAGCAUUGCGUUGUUGGUAGGUUUCUUUGUUGGAGUUAUUUUGUUCUUUUGUUUUCCUUUUUGUUUUUUUGUUUUUAGUAUCUCAAAGGUGGUUAGGUUUUAAAAAGUCAUAAACGACGUCUUUUAGAAUCUUAAGAAAUUCGGAAAAUAGACCAGAGAGCCAAUAGAGUUUAGAAUAAAAAUAUAUUGCCCAAAAUGGCGUUCAAACCCUCUCCUUUCAACGCAUCGGCCCAUAUGAGACAUAAGGUAAGGUAUAACUCAACCAAUCUCAAAUUUGGACCUCAAAUUAUGAAUAUUAGCCAACCAUUGUCAAGGGCUACAUCUGUAGCUGAAAUUAGUCUUCAAAGACAAUAUCAACAGUCUAAUGCUAAUAUUUCCCAACCUCAGCAACAAGCCAGGUAUUUCAGCUCAUAUUACUAUAAAUUUCCCAAGAUUCCCAGACCUAAAAGAAGUGCCUUAUAUUAUUCUACUUGGUCCAAAGGCUCAAGUGGAAUAAUCGGUGAAGGUAACAGAAAUUUGAGGUUACCUCAGAUCAAAUUAUCUAAACGACUGUUUUCAACUGCAAAUCAAAAAAUUAAAACUAAAACUAGGAAUAUCCAUAAAAGAUUUUUCUCAGCUGAAGCUCGUAAGAGAAGACAGGAACGUAGAAAAUUUGUUAAAUGGUGGACUUUAACUACUUUAACCGUUGUUUUAGGAGGUGUAGCUGCCAAAAUUGGAUAUGAUCGUGGGUAUGAUAAUAUUGAUGACGAAGAUGAAGAUAUUUUCCCUUUGAAUCAGUACUCAAUCAAACCUCAAUCAUGGCAUCUAUAUGCAUAUUCCACCUUACCAUUGAAAUCCAUCUCAAGGUUAUGGGGCCAGUUUAAUUCGAUUACUUUACCAGUUUGGCUAAGAAGUCCAUCUUUUAAAUUAUACUCUGCCAUCUUUGGAGUUAAUUUGAACGAAAUGGAAGAACGUGAAUUACAUACUUACUCAAAUUUAUCAGAAUUUUUUUACCGUAAAUUGAGACCUGGGGUUAGGCCAAUUGCAAAUAGUGAUUUGGUUUCACCAUCUGAUGGUAAGGUAUUGAAAUUUGGUGUUAUUGAUAAUGGUGAAAUAGAACAGGUUAAAGGUAUGACUUAUUCUGUUGAUGCUUUAUUAGGUUUAAGCACUAAAAGAUUGGCGGCACCCCGUCACUCUCUUGAAUUUGAUCACCAGGCUAACGAUUUAUCUGUUUUACAAAGAGAUCAAGAAUUUGCUAAAAUUAAUGGUAUUUCUUAUUCGGUUGAUGAUAUUAUUGGAGGUGAAAACCAAUCAACUUAUCAUAUGAAUGAUAUGGAAUAUACUGAUAAAGGUGACAAGACAGCUCCUGAUUCUAAAACUAGUUUAGCAAAAGAAUUAAGUGUAGCCCAAAACUUGGCUCCAACUCCUUUAGAAAGACUUCAUUUAAGUGGUCAUAAACAAUUAUAUUUUGCGGUUAUUUAUUUGGCACCCGGUGAUUAUCAUAGAUAUCACUCACCAACUAAUUGGGUUACCACUUUAAGACGUCAUUUUAUUGGUGAAUUAUUUUCAGUUGCGCCAUUUUUCCAAAAGACUUUACAAGGGUUAUUCGUUUUAAAUGAAAGAGUUGCUUUAUUGGGUUACUGGAAGCAUGGUUUUUUUUCAAUGAUUCCAGUUGGAGCUACUAACGUUGGUAGUAUUGUUGUCAACUUUGAUAAAGAUUUGAAAACAAACGAUGUUUAUGAACAUGAGAGUUAUCUGAGAAGUAAUAGUAGCCGGGAAGAUCUUGAUGAAAAUACUCCAUUGUUAAAAGGUAGCGACAGCGCUGCUGGUACCACCAAUAGUUUUGAUAUAGAGUCUGAAGGAAUGGUUAAACCGAAACAACCCAAGAAGUAUAAGAAAAAUACUGUUUAUGAAGCUACUUAUACUAAUGCUAGUAGACUUUUAGGAGGGUAUCCAUUAACAAAAGGCUCUGAGGUUGGAGGAUUCAAACUUGGGUCUACGGUUGUUUUGGCCUUCGAAGCUCCAGAUAACUUCAAAUUUGAUUUAGAACUUGGUCAAAAAAUCAAAAUGGGUGAAUCUUUAGGUCACUUUGAAUAAGCAAAUCAGGUCAAAGGGUGAAAUCUUUUUUAACAUAAGAAACUACAAAAAAAAAAAAAAAAUUAUAGAAAAAACGAUAAAAACUUGUAUACUAG